GCGCCUUCCGCGCGUGCGCGGGGCGGCAUUGAUGGUUGUCUGCUGCCGGCGGUAGCCGUGGCCGGGGUCGGUAGCAGCCGGUGAGUGACUGUUCGCCGCGCGGCUUCGUGGCGAAGAAAGGCCUGGUCCCUCGAAGGCUCCGGCGGGGCGGGCCUGCCGUCAGCGCCUGCUUUUGGGAAGGGCCAGCGGCCCUCCCUGGAGCUGGGCUGCGGUUCCUCUGGGGAAGCGGAGGGGAAGAAGAGCAGCUGGGUCAGGCUCGGGAGGCUGCGGCCCCUGCUUUAACGAAUCCCCGUUUAACUCCUCGUGUAAAUCCGGGCAUUAACGCGCGCAGCUUUGGCUUUAACACCUUAGUCUUGCGCCCUGGCUUGAAUUGCGUGUAAAAGGAACUUAUCGUAGGAUUGCGGAGCUGGAAGGGGACCCUGAGGAUCAUCUAGUCCAACCCCCCCACCACCACCCCGCGAGACAGGAAUAUGCAGUUACCCCAUACGGGGAUCGAACCUGCGACCGUCGUGUUCUCAGCACUAGGGCUCUAAGCGACUGAGCUUUGAAUGGGCAAGCAGCAGGUAUUAGAUAAAGCAGUGAGGGGUUGCUCCCAGGUGUCAGAAAAGGUUAUUUAUGUAUGUUACUGCUGCAGCCCGUGUUUUGUUAGCCCAAAAAUGGAAAAGGAGCGGGGCCCCAGCCAAAGAAGAAUAACAACUUAAGCUGACAGAAUAUGCACAACUUGCAGACUUAACAUAUAGAGUAAGAGAACAAGAAGAACAUAACGUUUAAAGAAGACUGGAAAACGCUUAUUGAAUAUAUGGGAAAUAACUGUGUUCAGCUGAAAAUGUUGGCGGCAUUAAGAUAAAUUCAACAGUGUAAAUAAGUUUUGAUGGAUACAAUAAUGGAAUACUGAAUGGUAUAGUUUUUGUAAAAUACGCAAGGAUUUAUGAUAUGUAAAAUGAACGAUGGAAAGAGAAUCAGGGAAGUCAUUGAUGUCUUAAGGAUAUAAAAUGAGUAUUUUAAAUUGUAAAACAGAAAGUUUAAUAAAAAAUUAUACACGCGGGGGGGGGGCAGCAAGGGGUUGCAGGUCAGAACAGUGUGGGGUUGUAGCCUGCCCCACACCCCGAGCUAGCCUCUUCUCCCAAGUUAAGUAGAGGAUGCUGUCCUAUGUUCAGUGUUGAAGGUAAGAUCCAGUCAGCUUCUGUAUGUGAAAUGGGAGCGUAUCUCUUCACUAUAGCCAGCAAAAUGUCCUGAUUUGGCCCUGAAGAGUUAGAAUCACCAUUGUCUAUAAUUAUAAACCUGGAUGAUAUUGCUCAUUUUUGUCCUGUAGGAAGAGGUCCAUUUAGUGGCAGGACUAAAACAAAACAAAGCAAAACCCUGCAUCAUAGGUUUGUGGCAUAAAUUAUCACUUAUUUUGUCAAGAAGCAAAAAUACCAUGAAAAAGAAGGGAUUAAAAUAAGACUCGCUUGAAAAUUCUCCAUAUGGCCUGGUAUAAUUGCUGAAAUUUUCUUCCGUUACCUUGCCAGUAGUCAUGUCCAACAAGGAAGUGAAAGCAGCAUUGAAAAGUGCCAGAGAUGCUAUAAGGAAUAAGGAGUACAAAGAAGCACUGAAACACUGCAAGGUAACUAGCACUCAAAUGUACAAUUAAGCUUUCGGCAUGCGAAAUUGUAUGUUCUAUUCAUAGUACUCCUCUCUGAUAUUUUAAAGUAUUUCUUCAUCGUCUUGGUGUUCCUUGCUGUAUUUGUUUAUCUGCUGCCAAACUAAAAGCUAAAGUUGGGCUGCACAGCAGUGGUGUCAUUUUCUGUUUCCGCCCUGUUGGUGAGGGUUUGGAUGUUUUGUCAUCCUCAUAGAUGUCAUCAGCACAAAGAGUUGCCUUAUACUGACCCAGGCCAUUGGUUCAUUUAGGUCAGUACUGCCUUCUUUUGUUGGCAGAAGCACUCUAGUGUCUUAAACAGGUUUUUUGCUUUAGCUUUGCUCUUGAGAUCUUUUGAGCUGCAAAUGUUUGGGAUUGAGCUUGGGACUUUGUAUAUGCAAAGUACUUAACUUUGGGCUCCUUCUGCAGCUUUAGAAUCUUUUGAUGAUAACAUGCAUCAGUUCUGCUUUCUUCUUCAGCUUUGAAAUGAUUUAUUAAUAUUGCUUGUUGUAAGUGUUUCAGUGUUUUUUCACUUGUUCUUGCAGGCAGUAUUGAAACAGGAGAAGAAUAACUACAAUGCCUGGGUAUUCAUUGGUCUGGCAGCUGCGGAGCUAGAACAACCCGAUCAAGCCCGAGGUGCCUACAGAAAAGCUGCUGAACUUGAACCAGGGCAGUUGCUAGCAUGGCAAGUACGUAGAAUCAUAGAAUUGUAGAAUUGGAAGGGACCACAAGGGUCAUCUAAUCCAACCCCCUGCAAUGCAGGAAUCUUUUGCCCAAUGUGGGACUUGAACCCACAACCCUGAGAUUAAAAGCCUCAUGCUCUACAGACUGAGCUAUCCCAGCUGAUGUUCUAAUAUGACUGGUUCCAUUUCCCUAUUCCAUAUAUGUAUGUGAGUAAAAUGCAAAUAUUCUGCAAAUAGUAUGCAACAUUAGAUUCAAAUUUAGGAGACUGUACAUUGGACUAUCUUCUAGGCAUCUUCCUGACUACAUGUAACAAGGCUAGUCUUUCUUGCUUAGAAGUUAUAAAUGAUGCGGAGAAUGUAGACAAAUUACUCACUGCCUCUGCAGUGUUAUCUUCACACAGUCAGUUUGAUGAACCUUGAAAUGCUAUGCUUCAAAUACUAUUAAACAGUAACAUGGUUAUAUCUCAGGAAUGGAUAUGAAUAUGGAGAUGAUAGUUGUGACCCAACAAGGAUUUGCUUCAAAAGUUAUAUGCCUCACUUUCCCCUAGGGCUUAGCAAAUUUAUAUGAAAAAACAAACCAUGCAGAUGUCGGAGAAGAUUUGGUUAAUGUGUAUCAGAAACUUCUGGAACUCUAUGAAAGGUAGGAAAUCAAUUAUUUUACAGCAUUUUGAAAAAAUAAGCUAAACAUUUACUUGAGGGGAAUCUUAUGAUACUAAUUAUAGAGGAAAUGUUUAUCACAACAGUAUUCACAGCAUUCCCAUGUCAAAUUUAUCUUAUGUAUUCCAGCAGAAUGUAAAAUGCUUCCAUCAUUCUGAAAAUAAAUCAUUGUUCCCUGAUAAUUUUUUUACAUUUAAUCUACAUGAUAGAAAAGUUGUCCAUGCAAAAUGGUAAAAUCCAUUAUAGUGUGAAAUUUAGUUCAACUAUUUGUUUCAUGUUAUUACUUUACCCAUAAAACGUUUUGAGUGUUAGCAUGCAUCUCUAUUUUCCUGAACUUGGAGAGAUCCUUCUCUUUUUGCUAGAAAAUGCAAUAAGGAAAACAAAAAAGGCUGUGUUAAGUAGAUAGGCUUCAGUGCCACGGUGACAGCUUCUGCUAGUAGAUCAAGCUUUUGUCUGCUCCAAAAACUUAAUUAGAAACACAUUUCUCACUGUGUAGGACUGAAGGGAAGGAGAUGGAGAAGGCAGAAGACAAAUAGAAGUGGGGUAGCCCUAAAGCAGGAAGCAGGUAGCCCUAAAAUGAAGUGGUGGGGAAGCAGGGGCCAAAGGAUGGGAGCCUGUGCCAAGACCACCAGGGGUUGGCAGGAAGAGCAAAGGGGAAGGUCCCCAGUACCUAGGGGAAAGGGGAAAGGAGACUGCAAGAUGGCAUAAGAGAGGAGAGAGGACUGCAGGAAGCAAGGUUCACAGGUUGAAGAUGGAGUGGAAAAAGCCACAGUUGAAAAAGAAAGAAGUACAGAAGAGCAGAUUGUUAAACAAAUAUUUUAAAUUGAAAAAGUAUGUUAACUGAGGAUUUCCUUAACAGGCAAAGACAUAUAAGAAGGAUGCGGAGGAAAAAUACGUGGCAGUAGAAGUCAAGUUUUGAGCCCUAUGCGGUUCACCCCAGCCAGGGUUUAAAGGGGGAAAAGUCUGGAGGGGAAAGUAGUAGGCAGUUCCAGGGCUGGCAGAUUCAAACCCCAUCCCCCAUCCAACCCCAACACAUUCCUUUCCCCCUCCUAGUGCUCUCAGAGGACUGAUAUAGAAAGAGGGACAGCCAGUGCAACAAAGGGUGGAUUUCCUGCUCCAGCUGCAGGUCUACAAAUCUUAUGUCUCCUGACACCGCCUUUCCAGGUACAAUAGGAUUGCACCCUUAUAUUGUAGACAUUUUGUGUUUCUCCCCCAGCACUGAUAAACAGAAAUGGUGUGAAGUAUGUAGAAAACUUGUGGAGCUGUAUCAGCGAGAGAGAAAAUACCUUCAGGUUAGUCACUGUCAUGUUCGUUGUAACUUAUUGUUAUCAAUGUUAGUAAUCAAUGUUUGUUUUGCCAAAAAAAACCACCAAAUUUUCCUUUGCAGAAAUAUUUACUAGCUUUAUGACUUCACCAGUCUUGGCUGUGCUUGCACCCUGUUGCUUUCAGAUGAAAUACCUUUUUUUUGUCCAUUACAUUGCCUCAGAGUCAACUUCUGUUUCCACAAGCCUGCAGGAGGACUUUAAUUACUUUUUUCUUCUCUCUCUCCCAUUUUUAAAUAAUGGAAUAGCAAUAUUUUGCGCUCUCUCUCUCUCUUUUUAAAAAAGAACAACCAUGAGAGGAAGCCGGUGACUAAAGCGUCCCUUUUUGUGAAAUCAAACACUUCAUUGCCCCAAAUCUAAAGUUUGUUUGAGGGGCAGCUAGUAGGCUAAUUCAUCACUUUUCCACCACCCACUAUAAAAUGAAAGCAAGGUGCAGUCAAAUAUUCUUAUGCCUAUGUUUAAAUGGGAAAAGGAAGUGAGGAGCCCAUAAAAGCCCCAAUAGUGCUUUGCUGUUCAUAAUAGGCAAGGCUGCUGCUGCGAUUGCAUUUUAUUACCAUCAGUCAAUCAGUCAAUCAAUCAAUCAAUCAAUCAAGCACACGAUGUGGAAAACAUUAGUGUGGAAGCAACCUGUAUCAAGGUAUUUGAAAUGUCAUGAGAGAUACUGCCCACACCAUACCACUAAAAGAAUCUGUAUAGCUGUGUGACUUGGUAGGCAGCAGUAAGCAAGAAGACUGCAAAAUCAUCUCAUAACACUGACACUUUAUUGCUUCUGACUUCUCAUUUACGUUAAAAGGCAUACGCCUUGAUCUCUGGAACUGGGAAAUGUCUUCCAGUGCUCCAGUAUUCAAAGGCGAUAAAUGUCUCAGAUUUGAGAAGAUAUUGAGGCUUGACUGGUUUUCUUUUGACAGGUGGCUCGGACGUGGCAGAAGCUAAUAAAAAUACGACAGGAAGAAGGUGCAGAAAAAGCUGAGCUUCAUCAGUUAUGGAAGAGGUUGGUCCAGUUACUGGAAGAAGGCACACAUCUCCAGGAUAAUGAGACACAGCAAUUGGUAAGGGUUCGUCCCCUGAUUUGGCUAUAUUUAUUGUUUUUCAAACAAUAAAUCUAUAUAAAAUUCAGCAUAACAAUUGUAGCUGAUUCUUAGAACAGCUUGGAAGAAAUAAUUCCGAAUUUCCAUCUUACAGAUGGGAAGUGAUACAGUGAUUUUCUGAGGACUGCCUGCUUGAGGCUAUGACUAAAUGGCAUAUGCUCAGCUCUUGGUUUAUACAAACUGGAGGCUGUAAAUCACAAAACCUAUUAGGGUAGAAAUAAUAUUUGGCAGUGCGAAAGUAUAAGCAGUAGUCCUGCUUAUAACACAUAACUACACUAGGGCAUUGGGGUAAUUGUUUUCAAUCCCUGCUUCAUGUGCUUUGGCUUACUUGCUCAAGCUGAAUUAUUUCACUAAAUUGGUCCUUCCUGCAUCUUCCCCUUAACGUGGUACAUUAUUUGCUUCUGUUCUGUUCUUGAAUCAAACUAUCUAGAUGAAGCGGUUUGUAUAGAGUCAUAGUUCUGAAAAAAACCCGCCAUUCUGUAAAUCGACAGACAAUCUUGCUGUGGAUAGUGCCAAUUGACCAAUGCUUGUGAUGUCAUGGAGACUUUCUAGCUUACACCCCAAGAGCAAUUUUACAAUUGUUUUUAAAAUCUUGAAAAUAUGUAUGACGCGUAGGAUGAACAUAGAGAGAACAAACGUUUCUAUCCCGUUUCUCCCACUAAUCUUGAAUGUCACCAGCUCCACCUUGUGGUUGAAGGCAGGAAAUGUUUUGGCUACCUUCACCCAAAGUCAAACAGGAUCACAGAUCCUUUCUAUUUGCCUGUCCGUCUUUUAUUCAUUCUGGUGAUUAAAAUGAACUUCAGGCAUGCUCCUGGCACUGGAAAUUGUAGUAUGGGAAAAUAAGCCAUGCUGCAUGUUGGACAGAAAAAGGCAAAAUAGCAAUUUUGGUAGCAAUAUACAGUAUUCACAAUUUUACCAUAUUAGUUUGGCAAUCUUAGGACCAAACCAUUGCGCCUACUGUGUGUAACUGUAUGAACUGUGUGACAGUUGUUGAUUUUUAUUUUUAAAAAAAGCAAAAUAAAAGUUGAGAUCAGAGCACCAGUGUGAGCAGACUGUCUUGAAGGGAAGAGGGAAUGCCCAGCUCUUAUGAUGCUAGCUAUUUAUUCACUCUGUGUUACCAUUCAUGGAUGUGGAGAAAAGAUGAAGUCUUAUCUAUUUCCCCCUCCCACUGUGGGUGGGAAAGCACUUUGUGGAAGGUGUGGAUCAAUGUUGACAAAUGGCUAACAAGUUCCUCCCUCUGAGCCCCAAUGGAUACUCUUCGUUAAAAAAAUCACCAGAAAGAACCACACAAUUAUGUGUAAUGAUAGCUUGGCUCUGAUUUUGUGUAGAAAAGUAUUUGCUGGCACAGUAGGAGAACUGAAUCUUUUCAAACUUUAGGUGCAUUAAUUAUCCAGAGAUCACACCAUCACUUGUUAAAAGCUUGCUGCAUUUUGGGCUUUGUUGUUCCAUAUUGCAGUGUCUAUACUAUUUGUUUUUCAGCUCCUCAAUGCAUUUGAAGAGGCUGUGAAUUCCUCAGACCCAAUUCCAAGUGAAGAGCAUCAAAAGACUUAUAGAGAGUUCAUUCAUUGUUUGUCAAAAGUAAGAAUUAUUUAUUUUGCUGUAAGGUAAAACAUCCUACUUUGAAAUUGACAGCUAUCUACAGACAACUGCCUACAUUGCUAAUUGCUUCUCUCCUCCUGAAAUAAGUUUCCUCAUGAGGAUUUCAGACUGAAGAAGGCCUGUGAAGAUAUGAUGAUUUUGUAUCCUGCUGCGAGUUAUCCUCUGGAAGUUCUUUGCUUGCGAUUCAUUCAAUCAGGUAGUUUUUGGUUUAUUUAUUUUCUUUUUUUCUUUACUACAGUACUUUAUUUUAUUUGACCACUGUAUCUGCUGCCUUUCUGUACUUUUUUCAUACAUCUGAGUUGCUCUGAGAUUAUCUGGGAGAUUUGAGUUUGUCACAGAAGAGGUUCUAAAAGGGAGGGGGAGCUAAAAUAAAAAACUUAAAUUUGUUGGUGGAAUUCAGCGACUCAUUAAGACAAAUGUUGCAUCUGCCCCUCCCCGUCUCUUGCACUUUGUUUACCUGCUUUCUGUAUGCUGUUCCAAGAGCUUUAGCUGAAGAACAGCUAAUAAGUAUUUUAAAUAAAUGAAAACAAUUCUGGUGGGCAUAGAAAUAAAGCUGCCUUAGUGGUCUUGAAAUAAUCUCCUUUUCCUGUAUUGCUCUGAUUACCGUUAAUGGCAGCAUUCUUGACCUCGAAAGCUUUCAAAUCCUUUGGCCUCUAUGUGUGUGCCAUAUAUGCUAUUGCUUCCUUUCUUUUCCAUUAUGUACCAUUGCGUGUCCCAAGACUGGUUGAAAGUGCGGUACUGAAAGCUGGUUUUUAUUUAUAUCCAGAUUUACAUUCUGCCCCAUUCUUAAAGCUCUGGGCAAGUAACAAUUUAACAAGCAAUGUAGCAAACAUAGAACAAAAGGCUUGCCUAAGCCUUAUCAAAACAGUAAGAACUGCUAAGGUAAGCAUUUUAAAGUUAAAACAGCUUGCUUUUACUAUCAGUGGCCACUAGCCAUGAUGGCUAUGCUCAGCCAUUGCAGUUGGAGGCUGCAAUGCUUCUGAAUGCCACAAGGCAUUCAGUAUUUGUUUUGGACAACUCAGAAAAUAGUAUGUGACGCCAGAAAAAUAAUAUAGCGAAAACACUAGAGAGAGUUUCGUUUUCUUCUCACCUUCUAAACUGUGGCCAAAUGGAAAUUCCUCCAUGUAUUCUAGGCAGUUUCACUGAUGAGGCCCUGAAUUGUUGUCGGAAACUGUUGGAUAUUGACCCAAGAAGUGGCCCAGCUCUUAUUGGAUUAGGGAUUCAAUCUCUCCAAGAAAAAAAGUAUGAUGAAGGUGAAAAAAAGCUAACAGAAGGUGAGCGAUAUGGGAAGAGAACAAUGGGUGUGUACAUAAUGUAUAUUAUAGGAAUAAUAUGAUUGAAUUGGAGUGAAAUGCUAUCCUUGUUUUUUAGAGAGGCAUUAUUGAGUCUGGCCAAACUAUCUUUUUUUCUCCCAGUUUGGGCUCCGAUAUAUUCUUAUAUGCAAUCAGUUUUCAGCAUUUAUGCUGUCUUUAGGACUCUACACUAGAAUGUAAAUUAUCCUUAGACACUUUUUGAGGGAAGGAGGAGUUCAAAGUUAGUUCUGAGUGACAAUUUAUGUCCAAUCUAUAUGAAAUUGUAUAUUGUUGUAGGUUUGAGGUUGUUCAAAUAUAUCAGAUACUAAGAUCGAAUAUACAUAAGGCAAAACAUAAUAGUUGAACAGGUUACUUCUGGGGUGGGGCUAUGGUUAUUGUCUGGUAUUCAUGAAUUGAAAAGUUAAAUAGCAUUAAAAUUCGAGUAAUUGCAAGUGCCAUCUGAACUCAUGUGUUUAAAUCAUGUUAAACAUGCAAAAUCUUUCCUGCCAGGUUUGCAGCAGACUAGCCAGUGUCCGGAAGCAUGGUGUUACUUAGGAAAGGCACAAGUGAAAAUGCAUAAAUACAAAGAAGCUGUUCUUUCUUGCAAUCAAGGUAAUUGCAGAGCUAAAAUACAACUUCUUUAGAAAAAAGGUAGUUCAACUUUUGAUAAAAUAUCCCAAAGGCAGGCAACAACAAUAUAAUAGUAAAAAGUGAAUAAAGCAAUCAAAUAACUAUAGAGGCAGUAGAACAGCAAUUUCAAGCAGUAGUGGUAAGCUGGAAUUGCAGCACUCCACUAACAUGCUCAGCAGUCAAAGGCUAAUCUAAUAAAGGUUUUCAAGGUCUGUUUAAAAAGAAUGGGCUCUUGCAUCUGGUGGAUUUCUUGUGGAAGAUUGGUUCCACAAUCUUGAUACUAAUAACAGAAAAAAAGCCUUCUCUGCCACUGUAAUUUUAUUGUAGCAGGCAGAUGCAAUAAAUUGGUACUACACCUCAGUGUUUAGUAUAUUUAAUAUUUUUUCGUCAACGUUAUUUCAGAUUUCUAUGAUCCCAGAUAUAGUAACACACUAACUGGGCAUGCUGUAUUGCUGGUUUUGUAUUGUAAUUCACCCUGGGAUCAUUUCAAUGAAAGGUGGGCUUAUAAAUUGAGGGGGGUGGAACACAUGUUUUAUAUAGUGCUAAUAAAAUAUAGGUUACAAACUGGUAGAUCUUAAUAGCCUUUUCUUGAAAUUGCUUCAUAGGAUACAGAUAAUAUGUUGAGAUGUCAACCACUUCUCAAGCUAGUGGUUUAUUUUACAAUCCAUAAUUGAUGGGUGGUGUAUCGAAAGAGCAAUGUUAAACUGUACGGGCAAAUACAAUGUCUUUUAAAACAAGUUUAAGUCAAACAUAGAAUUAGAAUUCUUUCUUUGGCAGCUUUAAAGAUAUUGGGACAACUUAAUGAAUCCAGUUCCAGUCAGCAGCAGAGAAACCUUGCUCAUCGCUUCAAAGCCAUGGCCUUGAUUAAAAUCCCAGGUGUUGACUCUGCAAAAGAAGCUAUAAGUUCCCUUGAACAGGUAUGUGAAUAGCUUCUCCCUCCCCUCUUUAAACAACUUUGGUAAAUGAAAUCUGCCUUAGGCUUUCCAGUUUAAGAUGCUGAGGGGUCCUUUGUGCCUUUAUAAUUGUAAGGAAGGAGAAUUUCAUUGAGUCUAGGUCUCCCCUUCAUAGUGUUGCGGUGAUUGGGGAAAGCUGGUCUCUUUACUGAAUACUCUGAAACUAUUGUCUGUUUCUGGGCGGACAGACAGAGGAAUCAUUGUGUUCACAGAGUGGCAAUAUUAUUCUACUAUUUAGACUUCAAUAAGGUUUGGUUUAAUAAGUAUUUCUCUCACAAGGUAGCUUCAGUUUUCUGAAGACUGACAUUUCAAACAUGCGUUUGGUUCCUAGGUUUUGGAUAGAAACAAUGAUCCCAAGCUUAUAGCUCUUAAAGGAGAGGCUUGCCUCAAUAAAGGGCUUGUUGAUGAAGCUUUGAAGGUUAGUAUGUCCCGUUUCCCCCCAUAAUACAGCCUGUUGUUAAAAAUAUGACAUUGCUCCAUAUGAAACUGUAGAAUAUAACACUUUUUAUACUAUAGAUUGCACAGGAGCUUAAACAGACCCACCCAGACUUAGCGGAAGCUGACUACCUUGAAGGCUUGAUUCAUUAUCAGCAAAAGAACUAUCAUCAGGCAGAAGCAAGGUAAACCAUGCUCAUUUGGGGGAGAAAAUUUGAAAUAAACAAAUAUAUAUAAAUAAAUAUUCUUUUUUUAGUUUCCAGAGAGCUAUUGAAAAAGAAGCUGAAAUAGCCGACUUCCAUUUCUGCCUGGGACUCACUUAUUGGUUUAUGAGUGAAGAGACAAGAAAAAAUAAAUCCAAAGCUCUUACUCAGUUUCUGAAGGUAAACCAUGAGGACGGAAAUGGGUUACAGCUGAACAUAUUUCAUAAUGAUUUUUCCUCUUCCAAACAGUGGUCAGCAUCUUGAUUACUAGCCUGUGGGAAAAUCAAGGGCAGAGUGAAGGAACCAAGGAGCCAAAUCUUUCUCCUUAUGUGUUCCUCCCAGUUCUGGAAUGUUCCAGAUGAACACACAGUGGUUAUCAUGAGAAGGAAAGGGAAUUGUGAGAAAUGCAACCUAUGUGUUUCAGGUUGUUCCUGCCACACCUAUUAAAAGCUAGUGGUGCGGAAGUUAGCUGCUUCAAAAUGGUUCCUGUAAGCCCCCUUGAGGUGAUAAAUGAAGGGAACGAAUACGAAUCUCCAUGCUGCUUAUUAAGCCUCAGAAAAUUUUGUUGACAUUGUGCCAGUGGUAUGCCUACCACGUUAUAAAACAACAUCAAAAAGAGGCCUCUGCCCCAAGGAGCUUACCAUUUACCGUAUUGGCCUGAAUAUAAGCCUCACCUUUUCCCCAAAUUCCAACCGUGAAAAGUUAAAGUGCGUUUUAUAUUUGCGACCUUGCUUUAUGCAGCCAGGAGCGUGGGGCAAACGGUGCCAGGAGUGUGGUGAAGUGGUGCCCGCCCUGUGCAUAGUCCCCCAUCCUCUCCCCCAAGGCCGGGAAGGGAGAGAGAGUGAGGAAGGGGAAAGGCCACUAGCAACACAGCGAGGCUCCCCCACCCCCCAGUAUGCAGUCAGGAGCAGCGAGGAAGGGAGUGGCUUAUUUUCUGGUAUUUUUUCUUUUUUUCUUUUCCCUCCUCCAAUUUUAAAGGUAUAUUCAAGUGUGGCUUAUAUUUGGGCCCAGUGCUUUUUUUCCUGUGGGUAUGUGGGGGUACGCACACCUCUAAACAUUUUGUGAAUCUAAGCUUGGCCUCAUUGAGGGGCAGUAUUUCAAUAUGAAUAGGAAAAGGAGAGUACCCCUAAACAUUUUUUUAGAAAAAAAAGCACUGUUCGGGCCAAUACGGUAAAUAUUGUGAUGCGGACAAGAGAACCAAAAGUAGCAAAAGGGGGGGGGAUAUAUAUAUAGAGAGAGAGAGAGAGUUAUACUAUAUUAUAAAAUGUAGUAUAUGUUUUGGAUUAAUAAUGAGGACAGUGUUAAGUUAAUGGCUCCACAGAAAACACAGAUUCUUAGUGAUUUUAAGAGAUUGAAAUUUCAUUCUUUCCUUGCUUUUCUUCCUUCCUUCCCUUCAUUAAUGUAUUUUAUUUAAAAGAUUAUGAGCUUGCCACUCCAAGGGAGCCUCCAACUUUAGAAACAUUAACAACAAUAAUAAAACAUAUCAGUAAAACAGUGGUGUACAAAGCUAGUAGGUUAGUAAAAAAACACACCAACUCAUUAAAUCACAGCAGCAUAACAAAACCUAAACGCUCAACCACAUUUUUAAAAGGUCUGGUAAAUAAAAAAAAAGACUUCAUCUGCAGCUGAAGGUUGAUAGAAGGGAGGAGGACAUUGCAGGUCUGGAAUCUACAACGGAGAUAGCCCUUUUCCCAUUCACCACCCAUCUUGCUCUUGAUAGUGGGGGCACCCAGAGAAAGGUGCCAAAUAUUAUUUUAAAGUGUGGACAGGAUAUUAUGAGAGAAGGUGCUCUUUUGGUGUCCUUUUUGUAAUUUUUUGUUUCCUCAGCUGAAAAGCCUCGUGCCUGCGUAUGAAAACGAUGGAUUGAAAUGUACUGUGUUGUUAUUUUUCUUCACAGGCAGCAAAACUGGGCAAUUACCUGGGAAGUGCUUUCCACUACUUAGGUCAAUACUACAGGGAUAUAGCUGGAGAUAAAAACAGAGCACUUGGCUGCUAUAAAAAGGCUUUUGAAAAAGAUAAAACGGAUGGAGAAGCUGGAGCAGCGGUAGUGGACUUAAGCACCGAGCUUGGAGACUUGGUACUGUAUUAAGUUGGAGCAUUUUAAUGAUCAGAAUACCUGUAAAAUGCGAACAUUUCAUAAACAUUUUCUCUUCUUGAAUGUUUUAUCAUCUAUCACUGAUGUUGCAGAGGGUCACUUUACCUUAUUUUGCAUACAUUCUUGCUCUAAUUAAAUUGUCACUGUUUGAAUGUCUUCCAUUUCCUUCUGACCUCACUGCUUACAGUCCCUACAUGUGAAUAAAUACCUACAGCUGAGAAUUACACUUUAUGCAGCUGAAGCUUAUCUUUAAGAUGCCUCAACUCAACACCGUAGCAAAAAGAACAAACACUGCUACCCAUCUGGAUAUAGUUCAAAAAGCUUCUGUGUGUUUGCUUGAUUCUGUUACAGUAGUAGGAAUGCUGAGAAACUGCUUCAGAGACUCAUACUUAAGCUGAAAUGUGCUUACACUUUUGUCUGUUCUUUGUAAUUGCAUAUGCACACAUAAUAAACUAUUCAUAACCUUAUAUUUGUACAUUAGCAAACUGCCCUUGCCAUCUUGACGGAGGUAACAGAACGAGCAAGUGCUGGGAGAGCAAAAUGGGCCUGGCUUCGUCGUGGACUUCACUACUUAAGAGCCGGUCAACAUUCACAAGCAGUGGCAGAGUAAGAGAAUAAUUGCAUUUCAAUGUCUUCUGCAAAAGGCAAUAUAAACAGAUGGUCUGAUAAUGCACAUAUACAUUUUUUAAAAAAAACAGCAAAUCCUCUAUGAAUUUGACUGCUUGCUGCUGAUUUUCAGUAACAGUUACAAACAACCUGCCUUUUAUUCUGUCUAUGCAAAACAUUUGAGGUGCAAUACUGCACUUUUUAGUUAUAAAAGGCUCACACUGGACUGUAUGAACACCCCUAACCUCUCCCUAAGCAGUGCCUCUGUGCAUGGGAUGCUGCUGCUAAUCCAAGUAUGUUGCAGCUUGACAGGGUCAUUCAGUAGCAGCUUCCUGCAUCUUACCAACAGCAUCUUAUUGCGAGCUCAUUGCCAGCCACAGCCUCAACCUGCAGCAACAGCAGCAUGAACUCAGGAACCUUGAGGAUGGAAGGAUAACAUGCAAAAAAUAAAAAAUAAAAUAAAUCCUCUGGUAUAAUUGAAUGGCCUCUGCAAAUUGUGACAACUUUGGAGGCUGAAGGUGGGGUAGGGUUGUCAUGGAGCUCCUAUGCAGCCUUGCUAUACUCUGUGAACGCAGAGCGCAGGAUUCUACCUUUGUACAGAAAUUGGACAUGGCCAUCCAAACUUGGUUUUUCAAAAGCGUAAGUUACUUAGAGACUUUUUAGGUAACAAGUGACUAUUAUAUGUAAUAAUGAUGAUGAAGAACCUGGCAGCUUCCAUAGCAUUCUUGCAUGAGUCCCAGUGAACUGAAUGCACUGCUUUUGUGAAGACUGGUGGUUUCCCCUAAAAUUAACCAUUGGUACAUCUUAAAAACUAAAAACAAAACUAGUGUAAAUUCUGUUUCAAAUUGGUAGCCCCCAAUAGUAGCCUGUUUUGUUUUACUUGGGGCUGUGAUGGAGGAUUUAACAAAAGCAGCCCGAACACUUCUGAAUAUAAACUACUAUUCCAAUGUGCCCAGUUUGCAGGCAGCUCUGCGAGCAGAUCCAAAGGAUCCCCACUGCUGGGAAUCUCUAGGCGAGGCCUAUCUGAGCAGAGGCGGCUACACAACUGCGCUGAAGUCUUUCAGGAAGGCCAGAGAACUGAACCCCAAGUCUAUAUAUAGCAUCUAUAAGGCGGCAGCAAUUGAACAGAUUCUAGGAAAAUAUAAAGAUGCUAUUGCAGAAUAUCAGCACAUCUUGACGAAAUCAAAGGACUAUGUCCCUGCGCUGAAAGGUAUUCAUGUUUUUUUUUUUUGUUGGGUACAAAGAUAUACACUAUAUAUUCACUACGCCUACAGAGUUAGGUUGGUGGGGAACCACUGACCCUCCAGAUAUUGUUGGACUACAGUUCCCAUAAUUCCUGACUGUUCCCCAUGCUGGCUGGAGCUGAUGGGAACUGGAGUUCAACAAUACCUGGGAGGGUCACAAGCGGCCCAGCACAGGUAUAGGUGAUUGGAAGUCAGUAUAGCUAAUUUAGAAGUGAGAGAAAGUGGUAGUCUGUUAUUGAGACAUGAGGAAAGAGUGUUUUGUAGAAAUCUGCCUAUUUUGGAGCUAUGCAUUGUUAACCUCUGACAUACCUUAAAUAUGUGGGAGAUUAACAAAUAGCUAGCAGAAGUACUUUCUUCUAUGUAUUCUAACAAAAAUCAAGAGAAGAAUUCAUUCACUUGCUUAAUUCUUCCAUCAUUCUACAUCUUGAAUAAGGAAGGAGGUAAAGAUAUCUCUCACCCCUUGGUUCCUUGUAUUCACUUAUUUGGAAAUAACUUGCAUGUAUAUGUGAUACUAAUAUCCUCAUCAUUCUUAUCUUAUUGUUGUAUUUCUGGUAAUGUGCAUCUAGGGAUUUUAAAAUUAUGCUAAAUAUGCAUAGUGUCCAUCAAAUGGUUUUCUAGCAUCGGCCAUUGUAUGAGACCUAGGAGCUUAGUUCAUCCUUCUUGCAGUUUUACCGCACAUUAACAGGGUAUUAGUUCUAUUCAGGUCUGGGAGAGUGUUAUCUCAUGAUGGCCAAGACUGCCCUUGCUGAUUACCUGGAUGGGAAAGCCCUGGACUUCAUAGAACAAUCUCUUGGCUUUUUAGCAAGGUUAGUGUUCAUAUAUUAAUCUCCAUUAGCAGCUUAAGGGUUGUCUUAUUUCAACAAACAUCAAUUUUAAACGGUAAAGUAGUAGCAAACACACAAACGAGAGCUGAAUCUUAUAAAUUAUAAAGGCCACUAUAUCUGGGCAUGGCCAAACUUGGCCCUCCAGCUGUUUUGGGACUACAAUUCCCAUCAACCCUAACCACUGGUCCUGUUAGCUAGGGAUGAUGGGAGUUGUAGUCCCAAAACAGUUGGAGGGCCAAGUUUGGCCAUGUCUGAAUAUACAAACCAUUUCCUAUUUGUUUCAGCAUUGGAGGUAAAAUGCAUCCUCAUGCCUGUUUUGAAAGAAGUUCCCAGCAUUGAUGCGGAAUGAUGAAGCCCAUGUGUUCAUUGGAACUUCCAUAAAUUUUGGGAUCAGAAAGAUGGGCAGAAAUCCAGAAAGAGUUGAUUGCACCUCAUUCUCUAACUCUGUAACUGGAUGUUAAGAAUUAAUUGUAGAGUGCGUUGAGGCAUAUAGAAGAAAUCCAGCACCAUUGGUUUUUCUUCACAAGUUGAUACUUGGGGUGUUUAUAGGCGUGUAAGGAGAAUGCUUUUUAGUCAGCUGAGAAGAUUUUAGCUUUAUCUUUUGUAAAAGGUAGCAGGUAAAUUAGAUGGACUCCACUUUUCUGAUGUUUCUUCCCCCUUUCAGAGCAGCAAAGCAUCGUCCUGAAGUAUCCUGCCUUUGGAAACUGCUUGGAGAUGCCUGUAGCAGUGUUUCUGUCAUUUCGCCAUCCAAAGUGAAUGUGAAAGUUUUAGGAUUCCUUAUUGGUCAGAACACAGACAAAUGUGUGCUAAAGAAAAGUGACCUGCUCAGUCUGGGAGGAAGGUAAUGUAUAGUGUGUGUUAUAAAAUAUUCUACGGCCUAUAUGUCUGGAUGCCUUCACCUGAACUGCUUUGCUAGCACAGACCAGAGAACUAUAAUGUCAGAACUGAGGAGGAGAAAUUAAUAGACUGCUGUUUUGAAACUAACCCCCCCCCCUUCUCCUGGAAGUGCUUAAUAUUGCUUUCCCGUGCUUUGAGGAAAUUUCAGUGACUUUGGGCGGCAGCCAUUGCUCUGAUCCCCACCAUACUUCAGACAUAUUUUCACAUCUAGCAAUCAGUAUACCUUACAUCAAAAAAAGGGGCAAAGACCUCCAUGUUUAACAGGUAUGAGAGCAAAGGGUAAAAAGACUGAAUGCGGACAUACAGAUGUGAGCCAGCAGCCUGCAUAGCUACUGUGUGGAACCCCCAAAUGUUAGAUUAUGCAUGCCUUGGGUAAACAGGGAGAGGAGCAGGUCCCAAGAGAUGAAGAGAGGGAAAUAACUUAGGUCUUGGUUCUGGCACUCCACCUGCUCAGCUGCAGCCCAGGCAACAUAUUUUGGCUCUUUUAAUGCUUGCCUUUAGAAUGUGUGGCUUUACAAUUCUUCAGUACAAAAUUUACCCCCAAAUUAAUGCCAUGUGGGCCAAGGUGUAUUCAGAUUUCUCUCUAACUGUCACUACAUUGAACAGCAUUGCUGUCAAGUAUGAAGCUUGUGUAAUGUUCCUUUCUCUCUUUCCUUAAAGGCAUUUAUUUUCAGGAAGACAGGAUAGAAACACAAUAAACUUUGAUAGCAUCGCUGAAUUAUAAUUUUUUUGUUUUUUUACUUUCUUUCCCAUCUGUUUUGCUGAUAUAAAUCACUCUCUUAAUUUUGUUAUUUAUAUUUCUGUAGGUGUUAUGGUAGAGGAUUAAAACUGAUGUCUUCCCCAAAUACGUGGUGUGAUCUUGGGAUAAACUACUAUCAUCAAGCACAGCACCUUACAGAAAUGGGCAGUAACAAGAAUGAGAUUAGUGAGCUGCUAGAGAAAUCUGUACAGGUAAUUUUUUAAAACCUUCCUGUGUUCUUUAAUACAGUUUACACUAAUGGACCUGUUACUGUUAGGAGUAUUUCUAAGCUAUGGCUAUUAAAAAACAAAAACAAACCCUGUUGGGAUAACACGCAAAACAUUCAACAUAUUGAAUUACAGCUCUGCACUCUCAAUCUCUUCCAGUGUCUUAAAAAAUCUGUAAGGCUAGACAGUAACAACCAUCUAUACUGGAAUGCUCUGGGCGUGGUGGCCUGUUGCAAAGGUACAUUUCAAAGUAAAACUUCUAAAAUAUAGUCCUUCUCUUAAUUGCUCAGAGUUCUGUUGAAUAUAGCAGAGGAUGUUAUAAUUCGAUCUGUCUUUCAGGUGUUGGAAACUAUGUCCUUGCACAACAUGCAUUCAUCAAAUCUAUUCAAGCUGAACAAAUUGUAAGUGUUCUACACAAGUGUAUCUGUUCCAAAGGAGAUUCAGUGAUGUUAAAUUUAAUUUUUGUAACCUUUGUUUUGUCUAGAAUGUUGUUGCCUGGACCAAUUUGGGAGUCUUGUACUUAACAACUGGAAACAUAGAGGUAAAUAACUAUGAGUGCACAUGCUACCUGCUCCAAAGACAGAGUCAUAAAUGGAAGGACUUAAGGAUGUGCCAACUGUUAAAAAAAUAGUUUCUAUCUUCCUGUUUUAGUAUGCUUAUCAGACCAUUUAAACACCAAAAUGUCAUUGUCAGUGUCAACCAAGGUAUAUUUAUUGGGAUGAAGAACAUAGCCAUUGAACAUGCCUUGCCAGCAUUAUUGAUAGCUUGUCUGUCUCUCAAAGAUGUCACAAAAGCCUUUCAGAGACUGUGGCAACAAAAACCUUAAAAACUUUAACACACUCUUUUAAAUUGUAUUUAUUUUAUUUAUUGAAUUUGUUAGUUGCUUUAUCUUGCCCAGGGCAACCCAAACCAACUUACAAACAAACAAAUAAAACUACAUAUAAAUACAUUAAAACCAAAAAGAAAAAGAGAAACAUUAAAAAAAUUCUCACUGAUAGGUAAUGAAGCUGCCAGGCGAGCCUCAUUGGGGAGAGCAUUCCAUGAACAGGGAACCACCACAGAAAAGGCCUGUUCUCGUGUUGCCACCCACCAGACCUCUUGUAGAGGGAAAAGUACAGGGAGUUGAAGGAUGCAUUAUAUUGAAAGAUGAACCAAAAUAGGAAGAGGAGUAAAUUGUGGUAUCAAAAAGGGUGGUUAUGUGAAGGGAGGAGAAGAGCUAACAGACCAGGACUACACUUGAUAAGAAACAGAGAAAUAAACUGUGAAGGUAAAAAGUCAGGCCUUGCUUGCCUUUAGUUCCUAAGAUAGUUCAUGCUUCCCUCUCAAUUUCCUAAGUUUUCAGAGUUAUAAAUUAGGCAAGCUAACUUUUGUUAAUUGCUGCUGUUUUGCACAGAAAACUAGAAUCUCUUCUUGGGAGAACUGAUGCUAGUUUCUGGCCUCCAUUUGAGACCUCUGUGUAAUAUUUCCCGGGGGGGGGGAUAUUGUCUUAUUUGAGGGCCAAUUUCCUGCUUACUAGAGAUACUGGCAUAGCUCACUGUAUCCAGGCUCAUAUGCAAGCUUUUUUAUUAGUUCAUGGGGGGGGGGGGUGUUAGAAAACGACAGUGAUCAGUGAUAUUUUAAAAAUAUUUACAAUAUUCAGCUUGCCAUAGAUUAUAGCAUUACCUUACAUCAUUUGUAAGUCAAACAUGAGAGGAAGGGAUAAUUUCACUUGUAUUUUGUAACAAUACUUAGUGACAUUCUUAGCCAUUGUCAGGCUAAUUUAACACUUCUCUAUCAAUUUUAUAUAUUCUUCCAGCAAGCACAUGAAGCCUUCAAAGUAGCUCAAUCCUUAGAACCCUCCUAUCUAACGUGUUGGAUUGGGCAGGUAAGAUGUUAAGCAACUUCUUUCAGCCUUGCAUAUAUAUAUAUGCCAGCUGUGUUCUGAUUGGCAUUAUGAUUACAUUGAAACUGAAUCUGAUCGACUCCUGCAAGUUAAGUUACUGCAGAUGAGUGCUGGCUUACCAUAAAACCUGGCUUUCUAAAAAGACUUCCUCACUAUUCCCUUUCUUUUUCAUUCAAAUUCUAGUUUGUUGUAUUCUCCUACUUUUCUUGUUGUCACCUAUUCUUUUAUAGUGAAACUGACAAAAAUGCAUUUUGUGGCAUUUCCACACUGUGCCAAGAUAUUGCUGUGCCUCUGGUGGUUGUUCGGAGACUGUAGCAGCACCGUUGAGAACACAGUUGAGCUUGAAGUACGGACCCUGAAAUACAGGCUCCAGCACCAUCAGUUUGCAUUAGCUUGAUGGUAUAAAGAUGGGUGUGCACCACUGCAGCUAAAAUGGCCUCCUAUACCCAGGCAACCAGGGCAGAGGACAUUUCAUCUGUGCAAGGAAUUUAAUCACCCAUGCAUCAAAAUCCUAGGUCAGGCAUCCACAAACUCGGCCCUCCAGAUGUUUUGGGACUACAAUUCCCAUCAUCCCUGAUCACUGGUUCUGUUAGCUAGGGAUGAUGGGAGUUGUAGUCCCAAAAUAUCUGGAGGGCCAAGUUUGGGGGUGCUUGUCCUAGGUGCUCAGAGUACUAGCCUACAGGAUUGGGAGUGUUACUCCUGAGGACCUAACUAGAACUGGCUGCACUGAAUUUUAGUUCUAUCAUAGAUGAAUUUAGCAACUGAUGGUGACAACCUGUAGAGAGGAAAAAUAUAGGAAUAAGCUAUAAAGAGGAACAAAGCUGGUGCAUGUUAUGUCAAAUCAAUGAGCUAUUUUCCCCUUUGCUUUCCCCCUCAGGCGCUCAUUGCAGAAACUGUAGGCAGCUAUGAAACGAUGGACCUCUUCAGGCAUACCACUGAACUCCGCAUGCAUGUAAGCACUUGACCCUGUUUCAGGUUGCAGACCAUUAAACAGGAAGCUGAGGGACUGUCCCAAGGCAGCCACUAGAAUUUCCCGUGUUCCUGGUGCACUUUGUUCAGGUGUAUUAUACAGAUCUUCUGGAACAUGGUGGCUGAGUUUGUUUCAGAGUGCUGUACAUGGAAUAUGUUUGGGGCUUUAGCCAAAUGAAUGAAAUGACUGGCAUUUGGCUCGAACAGUAUUGAUCCAGGUGCUUUGUAUACAUUUCAGAGGAGUAUAAGCUUAAAACCAGGAGUAAAAGAUUUAAGGCUUCCUAGUUGUGCAGUUAUUAACUCCGCUUGUGUUUUCUGUUCAAUCAGACUGAAGGCGCAAAAGGUUAUGCCCACUGGGUGUGCUCAACCCUGCAAGAUAAAACCAACCGAAACACUGAAUUGUAUAAGUACAAUAUUCUUCAAAUGAAUGCUAUUCCAACAGCACAGAUUGCUCUGACCAAAUACACAGGUAAAUUUCUCGUAUGUUUCAAGCAGCUGCCUAGUUUCUCUUUCCUUGUAAUCAGGGAUGUCACUUAUUUAAACCUCAGUCAAGUCAGAAUGGAACCGGGUGGCUUAUUAAGUUAUGCAUUAUUUAGCUUUCUCGGCGGCUGCUCCCAGACUUUGGAAAACCUUCCCUAGAGAAGUGAGACUGGCUCCCUCCUUGUUGUCCUUAGUCAGGCAGGUGUGGACUUUCUAGUUUCAACUGGCUUUUAAUGAAAGGGCUGGUGCCGUGUUGUUUUUAUUGUAAUUAUUGGUGUCAUUUAAACAGAUUUUAUAUAUUUAUAUGGUUUUAAUUCUGUCAGUAUUUAAUAGUUUUCAAUUAUUGUUUUUAUUUUUAUCUGUAAGCUGCCUUGAGUCCCAUUAGGGGGGGAAAGGCGGGGUAUAAAUAAAUAUGUAAUAAUGAUAAUAAAAACUGUGAAAGUGUGGGGGAGAGGACUGCUAUUAUGAUGACUAUUUUAUUAUUAGGCUGUGUGUCAGUAUGCUUUUUAUUAUGUUUUUAUUGUUGAUGUUCUGUAAUGUGUUUUUAAUGUACACAUUAAAAAGUGGUAUAUAGAUUGUAAUAAUAAUAAUAAUGAUGAUGAUGAUUUUUUUUUCCUUUUCAUUUUGUUUGUGUGUACAUCGUUUGUUAUUGCAGAAAGAAUCCAAAAUGAUGCAUGUGCCUUCAUAAUGCUUGGUUAUUUGAAUGAAUAUCUCCAGCUGAAAAAGCAGGCCGUAGAUGCCUACCAAAGGUAAACUGCUGAAUAACAAGAGAUCCUCUCUGGCAGAUCAUAACAAAAGGGCAGGUCUAUACAGGAGAAGGCAUUAUUUCAGGUAUUCCAGGUAUAGAUAGGGCUUUGUAAGUCAGUAAAAGUACAUUGAAGAGGAGUGGGCUUAGUAGCAUACAAGCAGCUGGUGCAGUUCUUUCAGAACUGGUGUUACAUGUUCCCGGCUCACCCAAGAUAUAGGAAUUAGAUAUGCUAAAAAUGAUCAAAAUAUAGACAAAAUCAACACUUAAAAAAAAUAUUAGAUGUCAUAAAGUUACAUGUUUGGAUAGGCUUGCCUAAACAGGUAAGUUUUAGCACUGAAAACAAUACAAUGAAUGUGCCUAAUAUUAAUCUGCCUAAUAUUAAUCGGCAGAGAGUUUCAGAGAAUAGUUGCCGUCACACUAGAAGAUUAUUUGCAAGUGUGAAACGAACAUUAUUUAAAUAUGUAUCCUGCUUCAUCUUCAGUGCUCAAGGAAGAUUAUAAGAUAUUAGGAAAGAUGAAGAUACACCUCUCAAAUAAAGGUUUUGUCAAAAAAUGCAAUAAAAUUGUAUUCCCCCCUCUUUCUCAAUGGGGCUUGCAUACCCGAGGGUUUUUAAAAAAAUAAUUUUAAUUAUUAGAAUCAAGUUCUUAAAAUUUGGAUAAAGUGAUCUUACUGAAAUAAGUAUGUAGAAUUUUGAACCUCUUAUUUUUUUCCCCAUUCACUUUACAGGGCAGUUCUGCUGUUGAAAAAUUAUGAAGAUAAAGAGAAAUACUGUAUAGCAAUGAGAAAUUAUGGCAGAGCACUGUGGUAAGUCUGCUUAUUUUUGGACAAAUUGUUAUUUUAAUCUUCACCUAAAAUUAAGAACUCUUAUUGGCACAAAAUAAAUAUGACUCUUACUGCAUUCGCACAUUGUGCUUCUACUAGGAUAUGGUAUUUCUGUGUCACUUGCUAUAAUACGUUUUCAUACUAAUAAUCCAUUAAGACAUAAUUUAGCAUAUAUCAAAUCUGGGAUCUCCACUGAGGUAUGAAACUCACUAAGUGAUCUUGGACUAGUUGUCCUCUCUCAUUCCAACCUACCUUACAGGGUUCUUGUGAGGAUAAAACAGAGAACAAUGUACUCUGCCUUGAGAUUCUUGGAGGAAAGGCAGGGUCUAAGUAGUAAAUAAAUAAUGAGGAAUCCACCAGUAUUUUAAUUACGGAGAUUUUCUACUGUUUUCAAGGGGUGCAAUGGACUGUCACAUUGUAAAUGGCUUGACUUGCAUUAAGCAAUUGCUCUUAUUAGAAGAUUGCUUCAUCUGCUAUAUUAAUUCCAUAAUUGAUUCCAGACAUUAAUAGCCAAGAUGCAAGCAGAACAAACGGCAUUCUCCUUUGGAUCCCAGCCUGCACAUAGAACUUAAAUUGCUGAGUGUCAGUGUUUGGAUAUUAGUUUUUGACUAGAUGGGUAUAUAUUUUGUAUCAUGGGUGAUUGAUUUAUACAGUGCCACCGGUGUGUAUGGGAGGUCCCAGUCCCAGUCCCAGUUUAAAAUCUGGCAUGGGAAACAACAGAGAACGGGUAGGAUAGGGGACGCGGAGAGGUAACAUGUGGUUGUUUCAGUUUCAUGUGCUUAGGCUUAAUUGCAGUCCAGGUUAGAAUAGGGUGUGGGAACUAGGCAGUUCUGCCCAAGGCUUCAUGGAAAAGGUGGGCUUUGAAGAAGGAUUUGAAGGAAGUAAGACUAAAGGUGGUGUUGGUGCUUUACCUUGAUUCCUUGUAUUCUGAUUGCAUUUUAAAUCUCAUAAAUAACACGUUUUCAAAGUUCAUCAGUGGAGAAGCAAUUUUUAAGGUAGCCAGGAUUCAAACACAUGGCCUUGCAAUUUAAGAUUGGCACCUUAAAUUAUACUCCCAUGCCUCUCUCUUUAUAGCAGUAUUCCAUUUUGAAACAAUUCUACAUCAUUUCUGGAGGUGAAUCGACCAAUGCACUAAGUGUUGCUCACAAAUGAACUACUGCAUCAUGUCCAGUAUAGUGGGUAGCAUUUACACCUUAUAGUUUUUUUAUGGAGCUCAAUUGCACCAAACCAUUUGUUGUGAGCUCAUAAUUAGGCCUGAAAUUGAAAUGAGUUUUGUUCUUUUUCCUUCUUGAAAGUGCUCUAGGUCAUUAUGAUGAUGCCAUCCAGGCUUACUUGUUGACUCGUCUCACAGAAUUUGAUGAUAUUUUAGGAAUUGCCCAGGCUUACUUCAAGAAAGGACAUUUCCAAGAAAGUCAGAAGGGUAAGUGUUGCACAUACAUAACAUCUCUUCAGGGUAAUUAGUAUGAAUUUGCAACGUGAAUUGGAUUGUACUGUGAUGUAGAAACAUGCAUUAAGAUCCCAAUGUUUUGGGGUUUUUUUCUGUAGAUAAUCUUCUCUCAAAUACCUUUCUAAUGCAUACAAAUGAUACCUUUUCUCUUCAUACAAAUGAGAUGCACUGCAGAUUGGUCCAUUCAGUUGACCCAAGCUAUAGUAUGAGGGCCCGUAAAUUUUGGCCGGUCUUAGCACCCAGCCAGAAUUUGUGGUUGCCAGGAUCCAAACCUCAGCAAGGCAGGGCAGAGUCUUGACUCCAGCAUCACAUCAAGCUUUUGCAAACCUCCUAAGCACAAUAGUCGUACCUUGGAAGUCGAACGGAAUCGGUUCCGGAAGUCCGUUCGACUUCCAAAACAUUUGGAAACCAAAGCAUGGCUUCUGAUUGGCUGCAGGAAGCUCCUGCAGCCAAUCAGAACCUGUGGAAGCCGCGUCAGACAUCUGGUUUCCGAAAGAACGUUCGAAAACCAGAACACUCGCUUCCGGUUUUUUAUCGUUCAGGAGCCGGAACAUUCGACUCCCAAAGCGUUUGGGAGCCGAGGUACGACUGUACAUCAUAGAAUAUUCCCAGCUCUCUUCCAGUAUGGGAGCUGAAAAGCGGGAGCAGGAAAUCAUCACUGCAGUUGCUCUAUGCUUAGGAGACACCUGUAGAGAUCAGGGCAGAAUAAAUAAUCCCCAGCUCUCUUUCUGAGCCCUGCUAUCGUGAGAUUCAUGACGGGGGGUCAUCCUCACAGGCAUGCUUCUGAUGCACUCCAAGCAUCUGCAAAAUGCAACAGGGCACAAAUCUGAGCUAGGAAAAAUAUGCUGGGUGUGUUUGUAUCAUUAGGCACACUGCAUUUCCAAGCUCCUUGGAAUGUCUUCAAAGUGCAGCACAACUUCAGGGAUAACCAUUACCUACCAUCCUUUCAAGCUUAGGACAAGGCUAGUGUUAUUAUUUUGCCAGUGACACUUGCCAAGAUAAGUAUGGCAAAUGUAUUGGUGGACCCCUGCCACUGAAGAGUUUUGACUAAACAACUUUUUCAGUAUUCUGUAUUUGUUUGCAGUCAACUCAGAAAGGGCAAAACUUGCUAUUUCCAGUCAUGCUCCCUCGGUCAAAUUAUGAUUGUAAGCUUGAGAGUAUAAGCCAAAGCUGAAAGUUGGAUAAUAUGAGUACACAUCCUCACUAGGCCACUUCAGAUAUUCCUUUGCCCUUGGGAUCCUGCCUGUGAGAUUAGGGCAAGUUUAAGGCUUCUGCUCUCUCCUACCUGAAAGAAUAAUAAGCUGGAAACAAAAUACAAAACUCUGUUUUGAUGCACUUAGAAAUUCCCAUUCUAACCAAAUGAGCGAUAUAUGAACAGCCCAUUACAGAAUGUUUUUUAAUGUAUUGUGCUGCUUGUCUUUGGGGAAAUCAAGGCAAUAGUUGAGCAUGGUUCCUUUUUUUGCUAUUGUUUUGAAUUUUUAAGCUUUGUUCCUAUUUUAUUACUAGCUUAUGAGAGAGCACUCUCUGUUGCCGAAUGUGAGCAAGACAAAGCCUAUAUCCUAACGGCCCUUGCAAUAAUGGAGUACAAGCAGGAUCAAGUGGAUGAUGCGAAAACCCUCUUAUUUAAGUGGUAUGUAAUAGGUUCUUGCGUUUACAAAAGUCAGUAAUUAAAGUGAUUUUCUUGUACUGCAAAAUAUCUUCAGAAACACACGCACACACAAAGGAACAACCCCUCCCCCCGCAAAAAACCCAACAACCUACAGUCCUGUUAGCACUGUAUAUGCCUUACUAGCUACAAAAUGUAAAGUAACAGUUGAGAAAAAGAGAAUGCAACUUGAGAGGGAGUAGAAUGCCCUGCUUGGGUGGAAUGGCAUGAUAGAGCCCUAAAGAGAAGCACUCCUUUUAGGUGGAAAGGGUACACGGCAGCAUUUUGUUGUAGACCCCGCAGUAAACUCAGUAGCUAAAAUACCUCCUGAUUGAAAGCAAGAUGGGGAUGCCCCAGAACGAGACAGUGGCUCUUCAUACUAAGAGGACUUUCUAGGUAUGCAGAAGCACAUACCGUAUUUUUUGCUCUAUAAGACUCACUUUUUCCCUCCUAAAAAGUAAGGGGAAAUGUGUGUGCGUCUUAUGGAGCGAAUGCAGGCUGCACAGCUAUCCCAGAAGCCAGAACAGCAAGAGGGAUUGCUGCUUUCAGUGCGCAGUGAUCCCUCUUGCUGUUCUAGCUUAUGAGAUUCAGAAUAUUUUUUUCUUGUUUUCCUCCUCCAAAAACUAGGUGCGUCUUGUGGUCUGGUGCGUCUUAUAGAGCGAAAAAUACGGUAACUUUGUGAAUUCAAAGAAAGCCCUGUUUAAAAAUAUCCCAAAACAGGAUAAGAAGGACCCCUUCACUUUCUACUCUUACACACAGGGGAGGAGCUCAUAAGGACUCCUGCUGUCAGGCUUCCUAUAGGCAUCUGGUUGGCCACUGUGAGAACAGGUUGUUGGACUUGGUGGGCCAUUGGUCUGAUCCAGCCAGGUCCUUUUUAUGUUCUUAAGGAGCCAGAACUUGUAAAGAUUGAUUGACUCAAGCACUGAGAGGAGCUGAGAAUGGAGAGUUAAGAUGUCAAUUGAAAAGUCAUUUUCUCUCUCUGUGUGUCUCUCUUGCUGCUGCUCCUCUUCCCAUCCCACCUCCUGGGCAGUAUUCAGAGGUCUGAACAAUACUUGUAAUGUUCCUUUUCCAGAUUUACUGGAGCCAAUAUUCUGUUGCCGGUCCCACUUAUAUUCACCUAUUUGGAAUGUUUUGCAUUAACUUCAUUUUGCCCUAUUAAUAUUUUUUUUUAGUAAAAUGUCUUUGAACGGUCUACAGUGGUACCUCUGGUUACGUACUUAAUUCAUUCCGGAGCUCCGUUCUUAAGCUGAAACUGUUCUUAACCUGAAGCACCACUUUAGCUAAUGGGGCCUCCCACUGCCGCAAGAUUUCUGUUCUCAUCCUGAAGCAAAGUUCUUAACCCGAGGUACUAUUUCUGGGUUAGCGGAGUCUGUAACCUGAAGCGUAUGUAACCUGAAGUGUCUGUAACCCGAGGUACCACUGUACUAUGAAGCCUUUAGAUGAUGGCACUGAUAACUGGAAGCAGAAAAGGGGUACAGAGAUUUGGGUUCAGUACCAAAAUGCAACAUUUUUGGGGGGCAGACUUUGUUAACAUGGAUCAGAAAUUCUUGCCUGUAGCCAUUAGACCUCAGAUUUCCUGAAAUACCAAAGGAUUCUGAUCAACUAUUCUUCAGGCCUGGAACACUUGGUAACCUAAUACAAGAAAAUGUGAAUGCUCACCACUGCAACACCAUUCUUGUUUUAGCCAUCUGUUGAAUCACUAAGAGCAUCCUACACGAUAUUAGUCAUUUAUCUUAGAGAGUAAUGGUAAACAUGCAUCGUUUUAUCAGGAAGGGCAAAGCAGUGCUGUAAAAUGUAGACUUAUUGCGCUAGAAGCUAAGUUUUAUAUUGCUUCAGUAAACCGGCUGUAAUAAAUGAAAAUGAAUGUAGUUUCCAUCUCCUGUUAAAAAGAAGAAGGAAGGAACAGCAGUCUUGCCUGGAAACAGGGGAGAACAGCCAAUGGUCACGGUUGUUUCACUGUUUUUCUUCAUAUCAAUUUUCAGUCCAGUUUUGAUGAGUCAUGAUUUUUAGGUCGUUUUUCCCCCCAGUUGCCAACAGGAGAUGUUGUAAGAAGUAUAAUAAAGCUGGUCUUUGCAUUGAUUUUUCAUUUGCAAUCAAAACAUUAGCUACAAAGGAUACUGCCUCCAACUAUGGAGGCAGAACAAUAGUCACCAUAGCUGGUAGCAUUACACUGCCCCAGAUGAUCUCAAGGAGGUUGUAUGUGAAAAGGUUUUUAGGGGGAAAUAUAAUUCACAACUCAAUAGCUUAUGAGUUGUAGAUUCAGCAGCAGGCAAGGAGAGUAGUGUCAUGAAAAUUAAACUUGGCAUUGCCAGUAAUGUGAAUCUUGUAUAUCUGCAAGAUUCGGUGUGAGUGCACUAAAAAGAUGUAGUUACUUGUUAGUAGUAGAAAUUCAGCUAUCUUGAUCUGAGGAUGGACAUAUCAGGCUGACUUAAACAAAGUCAGACCAUUGAUUUGUCUAUCCCAGAACUAUGUAUUUAGGUAGAGGCCUGCACUCUUGACUUAUCCAGUUAAAAGAAGCAAUUGGUGAUGGUAGGAUCUAAACCUGGGGAUCGUCUACAUACGGAACACAUGCUCUGCCAGUUUGCUGUGGCUCCUUCCCAUUCUGGACUAGAGCAUUUUGUAAAGCUUCAGAAGCACAAUAAACUUUACAGAUCACAUUAGAUAUUAGGCGAAUCCCACCUUUGGCAUCUAAUGAGCCCCAUCAGAAGUAGUCCUACAGAAGGGCUUCCACUUGUACAUUAUGCCUUCCCUGCCCCCACACUCCACCAAGAUAGGUUCAGGGGAAUUGGGAGAACCCCCAAAACAGCAGGGGAACCCGAUGUGCUUGCGCAGGUGGAAUGUUCACCACAGCACAACAUUGCAUUCUACUCCAAGUGAACUCUAGCCCAUGUGAACAACAGAUCCUUCAUGUUUUACUUUAUGGUAAUAGUGCAGUGAGUAACCAUUUAUCUGUGUUGUACUUAGUUCUAUAUUACAGGAACCUAAUUUAGGAAGUCUGCAAGCUCUGUGCGCUUUAGGGCUGAUAAGGCAGGAUGCUACACUUGCAACAGCAGCUCUGAAAGAAUUAUUAAAGCUAGCAGAAAGAAAGGAUGAUGUUUAUGAGAGGUGCCUUCUUACAUCAGCUGUCUAUGCAUUACAAGGCAGAAAUCUGGCUGUUCAGAGACAAGUUUCAAAAGCUGUUCACAGGUAUGUAAUCCAUACUUUCCAAAAUGAAUUGUGUUGCAUUUAUAUCCCUCCGUUCCUCCAAGGAGUGCUCUUUUGACAUAAAACCACCCCGCAAGGUAAGCUAGGCUGGAAAGAAGCUUGCCAAGACUGCCCUAUGGGUUGCAUACUUGAGUUGAGCUGAGUGGAGAUUUGAACUUUUACACUGGGUUUUGUUCAUUUUUUAUUCAAAGUCAAACUUUUUCUUCUGGGUGUGUUUGUUCUCUAUUUCAUUUCAUGGUGGUGCAGAGAGUUCUUAUCAAGCCAUUAAGUAGCCAAAUUCUGUGAAGUGAACUUUCCCAACUUAAUGUGGAUAACUGAUUAAAUUUCAAAAGCACUAGGCGCAAUUGAAACAAAUGAACCUGCUUGGAAACAGAUUUUUCAAAACUCCUAUGUCAGCCCUUCUUGUCCUCUCUAAAGAACCAUUUCUCUCUUGCUUCAAUAACUGAGGGUUAUCUAAUUAUUAUUAACUUUUCAUCUGAUAAAGCUGGAGUGUGUUGCAACUACCUAAUCUUCAUACUCAGUUGAUUGCUUUCCCCAUAUUCCUGUUAAAUAUUUUAUGCUAAAAAUAGUAGCAGUGAAAUUGUAACAUUUCAUGCUGCUCCUUUUGAUAAUAUUUAAUUUAGGAACAAUCAUCUUGUGUGUAUAAAAUCUCAGCACGGUAUCUAAUCAGAUAUCAGCUAGUAAUAACAAAUUCACAACUGUGAGACUCAUAGCUUAGUUCACCUCCAAUGCAUUAUUAUCUAAACCCAAAAACUAAUAAACGUUUGCAGUGAGCUCUAUUGCACUCCAGUUCUGUUAUCAGGAGUACAGAAGUGUCCGAAUUUCAAAAUGGCAAGAAAAAAAAGUUACUUUCUGUUCUGGCUAAAAAUAAAUCCCAACUCAUUUGAUCAGAUCUAUCACUAAUUGCAACUGAUAAGAGAAAUGUUUUUUGAUCUUGAGGAACUUUUGCUCCCUUAUUUGAAACCUUGAUCUGUCAGUAUAAUUUUGAGAUUUAAAACUUAAUAACCUAAUUGUUAUGUAUGUUGCUCUUAGACUAAUUCCUCCACUUGAUUAUGUCCCCUCCCCCAAUUCUUAAACUACUAGCAUUUUAUAAAUGAGGGCUUCCUUUUCUGCCUUGUAAGUUAGAAGUUGCUGACUGAGAAGCAAUCAGAGAACAAGUUGUAUAACUUCAGUCCAUGUUGAUUGGUUCUACUACCGCAUAUGAUGGCAAUUUAAAACUGCUGUGCUCUUUUCUCUAGCAACCCAGAUAAUCCUGCCCUGUGGUCUCUCCUGUCCCAACUGGUACCUCGGUAUACACCACAAAAUGCAAAGGUGAAUAUGCAUAGGUUGAAAUAGAAUCAAGGCAUUUAUUUAUAUGCUGAACUAUUAUUAAAUAAAUAAGAACUUGGCACCAAGAACUGUGUGCACGACUGUUAAUUGUUUAGACAAUUGCCUUUCAAGAUGAUCUGCUUGCCAAAUUGGCAUUAAUGUUACACAUUCCACUGUUUUACAAAUAAGUUUAUAGCAUCUCCAUAUAUCAGUUGUGCCCUCAGGUUGCAUUUACCAACCUGUACAGAAUUCCCUUCACCCUUUAUUCCUCUUCUCAGAAGGGUAAGAUGUAAGGAUGAACGGUCGCUGCUACUGCAGAAUCACUCAGCACAUGGAGUUCCCUGUGUCAGAGCCAAGCUGGAUACGAUGUUUGUCGCAUAGCUUGCCUUUGCAUAGCUGGUUUUUCUUCUACAAGUAGUUGGUGUGGAGGGGAAGCUAAAUUGGGACCAUGUCAUGGUUGUGGUAGACUUUUUAACCCCUUGCUUCCUCCUCAUUCCCAAAAGGAAUUGCCCCAAGCCUGUUGUUUGCAGCAGCAGGAGGGCUUUCCUUCCAACGCAAAUAGGGUGGAGAGGGCUUCUGCCUCUGCUUGUUCCCUCCAUGUAAUGGAACAUUGUCAGCAAAUAUGUAGAAAAAAGGAGAGGGCCAAGGGAGCAACUUACAGCUUGAUUCUCCCCCGCCCCCCCCCCCAUCAUUUUAAGAAGUCAGAGUAUUUAAACAUACAAACUUAUUUGGCAUUUCCACAUGCGUUCAUCCAAAGGGCAGAAGAAUUAUCUGACUUAAUUGAUGUCUCAGACUUGUAAUACUCCUUCAUACCAUAAUCAGAUCAAUAUUUUAUCUUGCAGGGUGGGGCCGCUGCGGGAACUAUUGCUCAUAUUCACGAUUUAAACCACGGAAAGGUUAAUAUCUUCCCUUAUCAAAAUAUUUUCCUACAUUGAGAAUUUAGAGUGAUGCUUUUCAUUAGACAAGGAAUAAAUUAAAAGUUCUCUUUUGCUGUGCAUGCACCCUUAUUUAGAGAGCCUUGCUGAACACUGCAGUUAAUCAGUUGGCGUUAGGAUGCCACACAGCUGAAAGUAAAAAGAACAAUCCAUUGAAGAAUAUCCAAAAGGCAGUCCAUCUUUCUCCAGGUAACUUUUACUUCUAAAUCCUUAAUUUUAAACCAGAUUCAGGGCUGUAGCUGAGUAACGUAAUAAGUUAGUUUUUCUGGGACACUAAAAAAUCUUGGCUCUAAACAUUGAUUCAUAGCAAGUGAAGUUACAGUUAGCCCACCACUCUUAAUGAGCAAAGGCAAUAAACAUUUUCAUAAUGAACUCCCCAAUUUUAUCUGUUUCCAAAAUGAGCAGUUAACAUGAUGAUGAUGAUGAUUACUACUACUACUAUUACUACUCCACUUUUUUCCAAGGCAACUUACAGAUAAAAAACAGAAUUAUUUAAAACCAUAGAAAUAAUUAAAGAAUUAAAGAUUUAUAGAAUUAAAACUGAAUGUCAUUUUUUUAGUAUCUUGGGCAUGCAAACUUCUGGGGAUUUAUUCAUUUUCUUUGGUUUUGCAUCACUAAGUACACUCUCUUGUAUAACUGCUUAGUGUACCUUGAAAAUGACAGUUCUCUCAUAUUUAUUUCAGAUAACCCUGCUUCUUGGGCUGUGCUCCUGGCUGCUUGUCAUGCUGAAAACACGAUUGUUUGCCUGCAUAAUACACAACCCAAGAGGACAGAUUUGGAAAAAACGAUUGUAGCUACAAUCUCAGCUAAAAGUAAGGCCUUGCAUUGUUACAAAUAGUUACUUAUGAGAGGAAACCUUUAGAAAUUUUUCUUCUCAUUUGAAAUGAUUAGUGAAUGAGAGUACCACUUUUAUCAAUGUCGUUGAUGUUUGAUGUCUGUUGAUUUAUAAAAAAAUGUAAUAAUGAAUACCACUUUAUGUAGGUGCAGAUUGGGCUUUGACAAAUAAUGACCUUUACAUGUUUUCUAGUCAAAGAUAAGGAUCUUCCAACUUCUUAUGCCCAGGCUCUUGAAGAAUGGUCUCUUUUCCAAGCUGUUACUAGCUUAAAUGAGACAGGUAGAACUUUGGAAGCUGAAGCGCUCUGUACAAAGGUAUGCAUUAGUAAUAACUCAGUUAUCAGCAGUUAGGGUUGCCACUUGUCCUGUAUAAUACAGGACUGUCCCGUAUUUCAAUGUUAAAUGCUAUGUCCUGUAUUGAUACAGGUUUGUCCUGUAGUUCAGGUCUUCUCUCUCUUUCUCUCUCUCAAGUUAGGGAUCCUCUUCAAAUUCAUGUGUGUGAAAGGGUGUUUGAAAGCUCUGAGUAGCCAAGCACAGACAGAUUUAAGAAUGCAUGAGAGUAAAACUGUAUCAAAAGAACAGCUGGAUGCAUGGCUGUAGCUAUUACAGGUGUGAGAGUGACUUUAGUUUUCCUUAAGCAGACAAGUUUCACUUCAGAAUUGCUAAUAAAUGUAUUAGCUUGAAAUGGGCAAGCCUUUGCCAGUUUUCCAUCUCUACCACAGUAAAAGAAAUAAAUGAUGUGCUGACCCUUGUCCCUAGCCAAUAUUGCGUAAUAGCUGAGAAAAGUUUCAAGAGACAAGGUCACAAAGGUGCAAUGAGUAUUUAGCGCAGAGCUUUCCAAACUGUGUGUCGCGACAUGUUAGUGUAUCGGCUGUACUGUGUAGGAGUGUCGCACAAGCACUCCUCGCACUCUUCCUGGGGCUGGAAAGUGGGUAGUUUAACCUCUGGUUUGCUAGUAAAACUGAAUUACUGUGUCACGAAAUGAUGUGUGUCCAAAAAGUGUGUCACCAACUUGAAAAGUUUGGAAAGCUCUGAUUUAGUGAGUGAUUUCUGACACAUUUCAGUUGUCUUCUUUAGGGGGAUUUAUUCCAGGAGUUUGCCAGACACAAAUUGUUAUUGCCUUCUGGGAAAAUAUGUUUGGAGUCGCAUCUCCUCUGUGUAAGGGUUGUGUCUGGGUUUGUUCCUUUGCCAAAAAGUACUGGGAAUUAUUAAAUGUCAUGGCAAUUUUGGUUUCAGUGGGGAAAGUAUUGACUGGCUUGUUGAAAAAGAACUGUACAGUCGUACCUCUAGAUGUGAACGGGAUCCGUUCCAGAGCCCCGUUCGCAUCUAGAAGCAAACAUAACCCGUGUCUGCGCGUCUGUGCGUGCACGGGUCACGUUUCAGCACUUCUGUGCAUGUGCGUGAUGUCAUUUUGAGCGUCUGCGCAUGUGCAAGCAGCAAAACCCGGAAGUAACGUGCUCCGUUACUUCUGGGUUACUUCCGGGUUGCCACGGAGCGCAACUCAAACGCGCUCAUCCCGAAGCACAUUCAUCCCGAGGUAUGACUGUAUCUUUUGAGCCUUCUCCUCUUGCUUCUUUCCUGUUGUUAAAGCAACACUAUUCCCCCCACCCCUUUUGCUUACGGAUUGACAGAUGAGCAUGCCGUAGUUCCUCUGAUUCACUCCAAGUUACACUGUUCACAUGAAGGCACUACUUUCCUUUGAAACUGCUUCGAAUUAUUUUCUGUGUUCAACUCAAAAUGUUGUUUGCCUCUAGGGAUUGAAAAUUUUCCCCGAGCAGCCAACUUUGUACUUGCUUUUAAGGCAAGUUCAAUGCAAACCACUUUGGCAGUCUCACAAAGAGCUUCCUGAUGCAAUCUUGGAAGAACUCCGGAAGGCAGUGAUGUCCAACUCUUCUUCAGUUACAGCUUGGCAUGUAAGUUUGGAUGUGCUUUUUUGCCCUGCGGUUUUGGGUCUCUUUAUCAUAUGAUCACAAUGUGGUAUAAUAGCAGCUGGUAGUACGAAAGUUGAGAAACGCUGCACUUGAGAGCUGCACCUAAACACAACCUAGAAGUAACUUCCAUUGAAAACUGUCUGGAAAGCAGACAAAAUUAGCUCGCAAAAAACUUGGAAAGUCUCAGCCCAUGGGAGCUGUCCCGCCACCUUCACCAGCCUCUCAUUUGCCCUUCUCUACACUUUCCUGUGCUUACCAGAUGGUGAGGUGAAGCCAGGAGGAAGGCAGACUCAAUGAGCUUGAGAAAAGAUGGGCGAGGGCUCUUUCCAUGCAGUUAAUGGGAACAAUGAGGUGUAGUUUUGUAUUCCUCCUGCUUCGUUUUAUAGAAGAAACGUUUUUUAAACCAAUUCCCCGAGUUCACAUCAUUAAUGCAUGUUCUGAGCAUACUAAGAAAAGCUCUGAUUGCAGAGAUUCAGGAACUUAGACUCUUUGAGCUGCUGUUUCCUCUCGCCUCUCCCAGCUCUUAACUUAGCAAGCUGGGAAGAGAUGUGAGAAGGAAAAUUGGUACAAGACUGAAGCUGCGCUAUUAUGAGCAGAAAUAAAACGGGGAGAGGAAGGGCAUUGGUAUUGGCUUAUAAUAGCUUGGGCGUUUCUGAAUGAGGAGAGUUGUUCCCACAGGCAAACACGUGUGUGAAUGCUCCUCUGGCGAUUUUUGGUUUUCCUCCUGGCUUCUUAGUGCUUCUGAUCCCUGUUUAUAUUCCAGUAUAUUGAAAUGUUGAGUUCUCUGAUCCAUGAUUCCAAAAUGUUUUCCCUUUUGUAGUGCUGGAUAACCAGUGAUGCUUAUUGGCUGCCAUGCUGGAGUCAUCCAGAAGAGGCCAGCUAGGGUCACAUGACACAGAUUUGAUUGUCUUUCCCCCAGUUCUGUCCUUGCCUCACCUCUGCUUCAAGGCUUUUCACAGUAGCAAUUCCUACUACCAAUUCUUGUUUCUUUCUUCAUUCUAUAUACUACUCAGCACUUAGCUUUAACUCAGCAUUUUGUCCUUUUCUUACCACAGCUCCUGGUCUUAAAAAAAUGUCAUUUCUUGUUUUACUUAUUUUAUCUUUCACCUUUUCUUCUCUCUUGACUAUGACAUCCAUUAGAAGAAGCAUCUGGAGCUACAAUUUGUUAAAUGAAAGCCUUUAAAAAUAAGGGGGGGGGGGGCGGGAGCCAAGCCUGUAGUAGACAGACCUUGUGUACCGGCAGAGGCCACCAAUGGGGCUAGCUCAAGUCAGAUUGCAAAGGGGAUUGCAAGGCAGAUUGUUGGGUUGAAAUAAACGACAGACGAAUGGCAAGGUGUCAUACGGGAGGCAUCUCUCGAGCAUGUCUCGGAGAGUCCCUUUUAUUGAAUAUUACAGCAUUACCACAUAUGUGCUUGUUGCUGAUUGGUUAACACAAAUACAAUGCGAAGGUUGAAUAUAGGUAUUAAUCAUCAAUAGAUUAAAGGUUGGGAAAAGGAACACAGAAUUGGACAGGCGUGAAAUCUCUUUAUUAAACUAUUAACUAGUGAUUGAUUAUAACAAGACUUAAACUAUUACUAGUGAUUGAUAUUGCAUAACAUGAAAGAACAUAACUAUCGCGUUCCGUAGAUGUGGUCAACAAUGCGUUAAGAACAGGUCAGGGUACUGAACUCAAUGUGAACUGAUCAGAACAUUCCCAGACCCAUGCGCAGAGGCAAAAACUUCCCAGCAGCAGAUGAAGGUGCAUCCGUAAUUGGGGAUUGUUUAAGUCCAAUCAUGAGAGAGACAAAGGUGCAUCCGAUUGUGACAUGUUUUUUUGCAACUGAAGCAAGCCUUACAACUGAGCUGUUUAGUCGUCACGGCACCUUUGACAUCACACUACUUAAAUCAAUAGAAGUUGACAUGACAGCCUGUAGAAGAACAGAUACUGCAAAUUAAUCUUGCAUCAGCACAUUGGCCCUUAGUAGCUUAUUCAGCUGGUCAUUUAGAAUUAAAGCCUUGAGAUUUUCUCUUUGAUGCCAUUUUUGUGCAGAUAAAUGCACCUGAUACAUUGCCCAGAGUAGAUGGCUUUUUGCAUUUUAUUGUUGCAAGCAAAGAUGUUUUAAUGUCAGAGCCAAGAACUAAAAGAACAAAAGGUAGUUAAGCACUGAGCUGUUGUUUCACUCUUUCUUGACAACAAAAGCUUUAGAUCACAGAUCUGCACAGGGAAGUCAUUUAUGACUAAGAAUUAUUCUGUUCUCCCAGGAAUUCCGCGCCCCCCCCAUUCACGUACUUCCUCUUUCCUCCUUUUGAAAUUCCUCCAAUAUUACCACUACUAAUGUGGGCCAAUCACCAAGUCAUAAAAGGAGAAUAGCUUGCUUGGGAAAGAGCUACAUAGGGGCAACCACCAUUAGCCCAGCUUAAUCUUGUUUGGCAGUCAUGUUACGUAACAGAACUUUGCUUAGCAAUUUUGAUUUUAUCAAUAUAGGCACAUCUAGUGCACCCAACAUAACUGUGCACUCUCUCUUUCUUGGUUCUCUCUCUGUUUGCUCUGACAUAAAAUAAGUUUCAACUUCUACAGUUCCUCGCCAGCGUCGUUCUUUUUUAAAAAAAGUCAUUCUAACAGUUGGACUAUUAUUGAUUAGACUGGAAAAAAAUAUAGGAAUUUCAGUACUCUGUGCCUGAACCACAUUAAUACUGAACAAGUGGAACUUGCAACAAGUCACUGCAGUGUGGACUGCUCCAACCCCUUGAACAGACAAAGCUCAGUCAGAUGCUCAGCAGGGGUAUGUAAAGUGUAGGAGCACAAGGGGAAUUGUGAAGAGAUUAAAGGAACUCAGCCAGGUAGAGCAGUUGGUGAGUGACCAGCCCUUAAAUCAGGCAUGAGGAACCUUUGGCCCUCCAAAUGCUGCUGAACUUGGCAUCCCUGGCUGGUAGAAGCUGCAGUUUGCAACGACUGGAAGACCAAAGAUUGCACACACCAGCCCUAAAAUAAUUACUUACAUGUCUGAAUGAAUGGAGCAGAGGCAAAAAUGCAAUUAUAGUGACUUGGACCUAAGUGUUGUGUGGGAAAUGCAGAUUAUGAUAUAAUGAAAAAUGAAAAUGCAGAUGGAUUUGGUGAAACCUUAUUGUGGCAAGAGUUAAAUUCUAUGGUUCUGUCAUCAGACUGUGAGUUGGAUGUGCUGAGCAGACGGGCGAAAACUUUUCAGGGGGAGGAUUUAGCUGUUCAGCACCAUGAUCAGCUCCUCUCGAGCCAUUUCCCAAAUGUGUGUGCUGAGUUAGGAUAGCUGGAGUGCCAGUAUAUCCCAGGUUAACGAUGGCUGUGUGAGUGCCCACAAAAAAACAAGCACCAGAGUCAAUUGUGUGGGAGUCAUCUGCUUGCCUGGUAGCAGCUACCUGAUUUUGCUAAUCAGUUUUGGCUAGUCCUAGGACCAGCACAGGCUCCUUGUGGCUAGCAGAUGUUACACAUGCUAAGUCAGAACUUAUUAUACUCGCAGAAACCCUCUUGUCUGGUGGGUAUGUCUCAUAUGCAGCAGGUUAAUAAUCCUGUUUUAUGCUAUGAUCUGUGGCACUUAAAGGGAGAAGCUGUCUGUCAUCUUUAGUCCUCCCCCCCCCUUUCAGUCCCAAAUUAGGUUGCAAAUUCAAACUAUGUGCAAAUUCAUUUACCUUUUCCAGCUCUCAGAUCCGUUUUACCCAAAUCUAAUAAGUCAGUCAGGAAAGCUCUAUAUAGAAUUGCAGAUUAUAGUUUGAAGAAAUGGUAUGUCUCUUCUGCAGAUGCUUCUAUUUUUACUCAAAAGUAAUCUUCACCAUUUGAGAGUUUUGUUUUUAAAAGAAUAUUUAAUAGAAUGAUAAGACAAGGAAUUUGAUAGGCAGUAGUAGUAGAAAAAUAUGAAGUUUGAACUUUGCUCCUCUGCUUUCAGUGGUUGGCUCAAGUGUACCAGUCACAGGGAAUGAUGGUUGCAGCAGAGAUGUGUUACCGAAAAAGUCUGCAACUGGCAUCUCAGCAGGGCCACUGGAGUGGAAAGCUCUCUAGUCUACUAAGGCUUGCUAAGCUUGCCCUGGAAAUCUGCAUGGUAAGAGAGCCAAGUUAAUAAAUAUGUUGUAUAUGUGGGGCUACCUUUGAAACCAAUUUGGAAACUACAGAAACAAGUGCAGAAUUCAGCAGCCAGCUUAUUCACCAGGACCAGAAGGUCUGAACAUAUCACACCAAUUGUGGCCUAAUUGGCUACCAAUUAGUUUACAGGUUCAUUUCAAAGUGCUGGUUUUGCAUGAAGCAGCUGAGGACCUCAAUACCUCAAGGGCCUCUUGUCCCCAUAUGAACCAGCCUAGACCUUCCUGUCUUCAUCAGAGGCCCAAAUCCAUGUGCCUCACCUGAGAAAGGUGCAAAGGAUGGCCACACAAUAAUGACCUUUUUCAGUGUCCCCUCCCCCCUGGUUUCUGGAAUGUUUUUCUAGGGAACUAUCAUAGUCCAGUUUUAGGUGGCAGGCUUAAGACAUUUUUAUUUACCUAGUAGUUAUGUUAGUCUCUGCUGUAGUGCUCAUCUUUGUCCUUAUUGUGUUGCUUAGGAAUUUUAUAUUGCACAUCGCUUUAAAUCUUCUGGGUUUAAAUUGAUUUUAUCUGUUUGUAUUUUAUCCUCGUAAGCUGCUUUGAUUCUUUAAAAAAAGUAGUAGUAAUAACGAUAUGAUAAAAUGAACUGAUUGCACGUGAACUGAAUUUAAAACGUAAUAUGGUGUUUCUCAUCUCACAAUUGUGCAUAAGAUAGUGCCCUAGCUUCCAGCAAAAUAGAUUACAGGCUAUUUCAGGGCUAUAUAUGGAUUCCUAGCAUUUGGAUAGCUGGAAUAAUGAAAGUUCAAAAUGUGCUUGUCCAACACUUUGGUGACAGCUAGAACAGUAACUCUGGCUUAAGCACUAUUUGGAAAAGGCUUCAUCUCGUCUGCAUAGAUUACUAUUGCAUCUGACAGUAUGAAAUACUGCUUUUACUCUUUCUUUCAUAAUUAUAAGUGAAAUCAAGCAGCUGGGGGAAGUGUUGCUAUUUUCGUAAUACAUUUUCUCUGAAGGUUGAUCAGCAGAAAUACCCUUAUGCAAUUUGUAUGGAUGAACCAUUUUGCCCAUAUAUUUUGAUUCUGUUUGUGGAUUCAAAAGUACUUCAUCCAACAUGUUGCAUUAAUUUAAUUGAAGCUGGCAAGUGAGUUUUCUAGGAGUUGAUCUAUCACUGUCCAGGGAUUUUUCUGCAAUGAGAAUGAUAAGAGAUCAUAAUCAUCAUGAUUAAGAUGCAGGUGAAACUUUCAAAAUGAUAUUUAUGCAUUACGUCGCACUUCCACUUGUCCAGGAUAGUGUUUGAAACUAUCAAUUGAAAGCUGAAAAUACAUUUUUUUUAAAAACCACCUCUAGUGGUAGUCCUGGUUGUUCUGUUACAUCAGCCGUUCUAGGAAGCCGUUUUAUUACAUUAUAAUUCAAAGCUGCAGGUCAUAAUUAUCUGUGUGGUACACGGGUAAGCAAUCUGUCAUGCAACAUUGCAAUUAAAACCACUGACCAUUAUGACACAAUGAUAUAAAACAUUGUUUUUAAAUUUGUUUUUGUUUAAAGGGUAAUAUUUCAAAUGAUCACUGGCCAUCCCUGGUUCAGGAAGCCACAACAGAAGCUUUGAAGCUUUCCUUCUGUCCGUUGGGUGUUCUGUUGCAGGCGCUUCUGCAGUACAACCGCAAAAUGGGGUCAAGGUGUGCAUUGAUCUGUAUGUUAUGUGUUAACUGUCUAUGCAUUUUGUCAGCAUUUUGGAUAUAAUUAAAAUAUACCUAAUGUAACAUGCCCAUAUGUUCUAAUUCAGAAAAUGUCCACAUGGUAAAUUUUAUAAAGCAAAACCUUAUUAAAAUCCUGCUCUUUAUAAGGGAGCUAAAGUGUAGGGGGAUACCACAGGUUUUCCACUGCAAUAAGAUACAAAAUAGGCGGAUGGAAGAUUUAAAAAAACCACCCAUGAUGGUAAAGAUCCAGAGAAGCUCUCUCUUCAUAAUAUGAAAAUGAUGCUUGCAAUUGUAGAUUUUUGUGAAGUUUCCACUGACUUGCUUCCUCAAGAGCAGGAGCUACUAGAGGGAGAGCAAACAACAUUUCUGGAUGCACAUUCAGUUAUUUUACUCCAGGAAGGUCCUUGCAGAGCUUAUCUGAAGCCCAGGGCUGGAGUCUUGUUCUUGGCAUGACAGCGUAAGUCUGGCAAGCCCCUGGCAGGGCAUCCUGGCUGGCUUAACGCUCUGAGGCCCGAGGCAAGUGUACCUGGGUCCCCCCACCCCGCAUGGACCUGUUCUAGGGGGUGGCAAACUUCUAGCCCAUGGGUCUGAUUAUCUCAAGAGGCUGCUUUCAAAGGAACAUGGCUACAAAGGAACAAUCAGGACAUUAAAGUUCCUGAUUGUUCCUUUGUAAGUGGGGAUCACUGACAAUUGCACUGUGUCCCUUUGCAGGUGUGGUUUGAAUGCAAACAAUACCACUAAGCAGACUUCAAAGGGGCUCACUGUAGCCACUGGUCAGCUGGGCUCCUCUGCCCGCCUGCCAUCGAAGUUCACUCUCAGAGGGCUGUGAAAUGAAGGUUUGUAUCCAAUAAAGUAAUUUUCUUGCACAAGGACUUCCAACUGCACCAUGGGAUGUUCUCUUCCUACAUAUCUCCCCCAAAUCUGUUCUGGAGGUUUCUGCAGCCCUCGGGUGCAGAUUGGAGGACGCAGGGAGAGGAGAGGAAGUCCCCUUGUGCAGGUAGAAGUCCUUGUGCUAAUAGGCUUGUCCCUAAUGAAGUCAUCUUAAGGUUCCAGCCCAUCAGCAGGAUCCAGUUCUCCAGUUCUGGCGUGUAAAUUAUUUGUUGAAUCACAACAAAGCAACCUGACAUAGUGAUGAUAUGUUCCAUUGAGUCCAUGCAGUAGGAGAGUAGUGACAUGUAACAGGUUGUUCUAAUGGAGUGGUCCACUAUUUUCUUUUUGCUCCAGCAGUAGGCUUGUUCCCUUCUCUUUUGUUGCAAGUGCCCCAGAUUUAUGUAAGAACUUGCUGUACAGAUAUAAAUUUUGCUUUUUGAAAGCAAGGUUGAAACCUGAGCCCUUACAAUGCUAUAGACUCACUCUUGUUUUCUAGUUUUCUCAUCUCAUUUUGCAACGUUUUCUGUUUCCUUUGUAGGGAAACUCGCCGCAUGCUAGAAAGAGUGGUGUAUCAACCUGGGUAUCCAGAAACUGUCGCAUCCGUUGCCCGGUGGUAUCUCUUAAGGCACUUGUAUGCCAAAGAUGAUUAUGAAUUAAUAGAUGUGAGUAGCACUUACCUUUUGAAUGCCUUAUCUUGGGAAUUAGAUAAGGCCACAUGGUUCUCCUAAGUACUAGAGACCAGGAGGGCUCGUGGGCUGCUUGCCUUGCUGCAUCCCAAGUACGCUGUUGUCAGAAACAAAAGGUCAGGUGUACUGAUGCUUUAGCAGAGGGAGUGUGUUCAUCUCCCUUUGGUCAGUAGAAAAAUUACUAUGGGAACAUAGCUCAGAGGUAGAAUAUACAUAUUAGGCCUUUGUAGCCUGGGAUCAGCCACAUGACCUCCUUUGCUUAUGACCUAUGCUGUAGUCUUGUUGGUGAGCAACAAUGUGGAGUGGGAGACCAGCCCACCAGAAGAGUCUCUGAGGAGUACUUGCCUAGAGAAAGAGUCAGCAUCCAAAGUCGGGUUCAGUCCUAGGGUCAGGGAAACCGCAAUCCACGUGCUUAGACGGCCCAGGGGUCAGGGAAUCCGAUGAUCAAGGGUCAAGACGAGCAGGAAGCAGCAAGGUAGGGCCAGGAACUACAAGUGCUGUUUCCAGCAUCUAACUGCUGCUGGAAGCUCUGUUUAUGAAGGCUGAAGCCAGCUGGUUCUCAUCAGCACCUUUCCCUCUGUGUCCCUGAAGGCUGAUCAGCUGCAGGUGGAGUCACUCUGCCUUCUCCCCCUUGGGGCUGCUGUUCAGCAGGCAAAGCUGACUCCUGGCCCAUAACAACCUCUAUGGAACGCUAGUCCUUCUUGGUCAUUGAAAUUAAUUAACAUAACUAACUUAGGUUCCUUAAUUUUAAUACACCUACUCUGAGUUGGACUAGCAUUGGCUACAAUAACUUUAACUUUAAUUCCUCUCCAACCAAGAUAUAUUUCAGCAUCAACAUUAUUAUUUCCUCCAUUUCUCCUGCAGGCUCUUGUAGCAAAUGCCAAAGCUAAUGGAGAUGUUCGAGCUUUGGAGCUAGACAAGAAACUCUCAGCGGCAGCAGCAUCCUAGUGUCAUUUUCACUGGGAGAUUGACAGAUGGAAGCCCAUGGCAAUAACAUCCACUUAGCAAUUGUUCUUUAAAAGUCAAGGUUCCUGUUUGUUAAACAGUUAGGAUCAAUUUUCCAACAUAUUUUAAAAGGAGUCUGUCAUUAAACCAGUUGAAAAUCAGUGGAAGUUUGUUUUGUGCUCAACUGAAUCUACCUAUUGCAUGAAAGAUUCCAUCAGAUGCCUAUGGACUUGGGAAGCACAGAGUAAAACAUUGUUUCCGUCUGAUGAAGAGCCUGAUAAAUAUUUCCAUGAAUUAAGCAAAUAUGAGCUGAGAAAUUACCAAACCCUAUACUAUAUUGCACCAAAGCUUUUGCCAAUUUGCAUAUGUAUCAGUAUCUCUUUUUUACUAUUUAGAGGUGAACCUUAGCACACCUUCUCAGGCAUAGGAAAUAAUAUUAGUUUGGCGGUGUUGAUGAUUAAAUGUGUAUAAUGUGUUGAAACACAUGCAAAAUGUUUGUUUGGGAAUUUGCAAUGCUGCUUCUACAGUUCAGGGCCAUUUGAUGAUUGCAAUAAGACAUAACUUUGUUUCAUUGUUAGCAAUUUUCACAUGAAAUUUAAAAUAAUGCAUUUACUCUGCUGUUGGCACUGAACUUCUGCGUCAAGGAUAUCUUUCAGAAUGUGAUCAGGUACUGGAACAAUUUGCAAAUAUCCAUGUCCUAGCAUAUGUUGCUUGGUUUUGAUUUCUGGGACAGAAAUCAAUUGCCACAAAGGAAAACUUCAGUUUUGUUCCUUAACUUCCUGCAUAAUAAUCUUUUUUGUAAGAAAUUGUUAUUUGUAUAAAAUGUUUUUAUGAAUGGUAUGAAACUAGUAGAGACUUCUGGGGCACCAGGGACAAGUCUGUUCCGAGUCUGGUUGCCUAGGAAUGUACCCCAAAGUGAGUGGAAACCUUCAUCUAAGGCUGAAUUUGUUGGGGGGGGUUGAGAAUGAAAAAAGAUGUUAUGUUCAUUCUGUGAUUCUAUUUUCAGAUGGCUGGUUUUUUUGUUUGUUUUACAAAUGUCAGGUUUCUUUAAAGCAUGAAGUCAAUGUCUUGAGGCUAUAAUUGGAAGUGAACUGACAUGGGGCUGGGGAGAGGGGUUUUUCAGCAUCUUUUUUCUCUACUGAAAUUCUUCCUACAGCGGCUUCUAUCCUCUGUAGAGAAAAAAAAUGCAGGUACCUGCACUUUGUUCAGGCAAGACUAGACAGUAGCUGGAAGCUGUGUGUAUGUAUUUGCAGCAGAAUGAUGGUGCACAGGGGAAAGCUUAAGAAAUUUCUCCCUCUAUGCCAGUCUUCCACUUCAUGUUGUAAUCUCAGAGGUUGUGUUGGGGUGUGUGUGUGUGUGUGUGUGUGUGGUUUUUUUAAAUAUAUAUAUUAGAAUUAAGCCUUUGUUUCAAAUAUUCUGGAGAAUUCCAUUUUUGACUCAGAUGCAUCAGAUUCUACAUGGUUUAGGCCUGUACUGAUUGUGGGCUUUUAUAAUUAAUAUCAAUGUUUUUGCUUAUUAUUUUACUGAAAUCUUUCUAUGUGUUGGUUUAUACGCCAUUAUGAUGUGAUGAUAAUUGCAGUAAAUCUAAACACUUGGGAUUUCUCAGUGCCUGAAAGAGUGUUUAAUGCCUUGGGAGAGCUGUAAUUUUUUUUAAUUUCAGAAACUCAUUAUCUACAUUGCCAGGUUUUAUAAAUGCCAGUUGUGAAAGCCAUUUAAGUAUUAGAAAGACAUACAGAGUGUUGUUAUGCCUGGAGCCUACCAUUCUGCAUCCUGUAAAAAUUAAAGAACAAGUAGCAGCAGAACAGAGAAAGUGGCAUUUAUCUUCGGACUGUAAGGUAUGUUGCUAACAUUUCCCCUCAAACAGUUGCCAACAUUGUUGAAGAUAGCAAGGUUAAAGGUAGUCAAAGUUUCCUCCCCCCGCCCCUGCCUCUAUUCAUUUCUAUCACUCAUAGAUGGGAAGGUAAAAUGCCACUAUUUCAGAAGUAACUCCCUGAGUAAGUGCCCC